AUGCACGGUGAACGAGCACAGGAGGCAAAAGAGGACUUCAGAGACUAUGUUUCGGCGAGACAGGCCACCGAGGCCACCAUUGAGCUCCCGGACAUCUCGACUGGAGCAGAAUGGGUAGCGUUGACUGAAGCUUUGUACGCUCUAUACAAAACCGGGCAGCCCAUGAGGCGCGUCGAAUGGGAAGAAACUGUUGCAGUCUAUCGUCGUGGAGUAUUGAUCAAUAGGACCACGACAAAGAAGUCAAUGAUCCCCGGAAAGUCAAUG